AUGGGCAGCGCCGACGUCAAAGGCUUCCGCCAACUCCUCGGCAUCCCCCCCUCAGCCCCCAACAUCAACUCCUCAACCCUCGUCAUUAUCGAUGCCCAAAACGAAUACGCCGACGGCAUCCUCAAAACCGUCAACGUGACCCAAUCCCGCCGCGCCAUCUCCUCCGUCCUCGAAAAAUACCGCCAAUCAACCCACUCGGGCAAAAACAUCAUCCACGUCCAACAUCAAACACCUCAGGGCGCACCAGUAUUCACCUCCGAAACACCCCUCUUCGAUGAAUUCGAAGAAUUGACCCCUAAACAGGCAGAGAAAGUCAUCGCGAAGAAUUUCCCAAGUUCGUUUGGAAAGACGGAUUUGGAUGAGUAUUUGAAGGGGCUGGGGGAUUUGGGGAAGCAGAUUGUGUUGGUGGGGUAUAUGGCGCAUGUUUGUGUGAGUACGACGGCAAGGACGGGGGCCGAGCUUGGGUAUGAUGUUGUGGUUGUGAGUGAUGCGAUUGGAGACCGAGACAUUCCGGGAAUUGGUGGACUUGAGGUUACGAAAGUGGUUUUGCAGGAGUUGGGGGAUGCGUUUGCUACGAUUGUGAGCAGUGAGGAGAUUCAGGUGUAG